GACAGAGUAGAUCUCAACAGAGACCAGUGAAGCUGAUCAGGGCAGACACGCUAGGGUGCAUUUCAGAACCAUAUAACAAGCCAUAGCAGGCUAUAUGCACAUGCAGAACUGGAUUGUGUAGCUGUUUCUGACGAAGAAUCUGGCAUGCUGCUGCGUUUGCGUUUAACGCCGAAAAAUGAUCGCCUUUCUUUCGCGCAUGGCUAAAUCUUCCCUCGAGAUCUCCGUGAAAAAGGUCUUCCUGCCAGCAUCUCACCGUUACUAUGAUAUCUGUGGAGCCAUCGCGCCUUGAGGUGAAACGAGAGGUGUUUGAUUCAACAUGAGUGCAGGCGCUCAGUGUAGAUGGAGUCUCUGAACGCCGUAGAGCUCCGUGAACUGGGGGAUGGGAGCGGCCGAGAAUCUCAGCAGGCCUCAUCAGCACCGCGGACAGCGACCGGCAUCGAAAACGCGUCGUUCGAGGAUGAAGAACAGGGAACGAGGAUCCGUGUUACGUCGAGAACAUGUGGACCCGACUGCAUGGCCACCGAGCACCAGUCAAAUCCAAUGCGUAUUCAGAGAGAAGUGCCCUCCCCGCGCUCCGACGACGAGCCCGAGCUCGAAUACAACGACAAUUCGGUGGACUACGGCUUCAUAUGCGCGCUCAUAUUCCUCAUCAGCGGGAUCAUAUUGGUUGUAAUAGCCUACACGAUCCCUAGAGAGGCCAGAGUCAAUCCGGACCAGGUGACAGCGCGCCAGAUGGAGAAAUUGGAGAUGUAUUACGCGCAGCUCGGUUCGCACCUCGACAAAUGCAUUAUAGCGGGACUUGGCUUGCUCACUCUUGGGGGGAUGCUCUUAUCUGUUUUGUUAAUGGUGUCUAUAUGCAAAGGGGAACUGUAUCGCAGGAGAACUUUCGCCAGGAGACACAUGAAGUCGUACGGAUCUGUAAAUAUGAGAAUGAGACAGUUGGCGGAGGGUGAUGGGAGGGACGCGCUCGUGGAGUGUGAACCGAGCGCUGCCACUGACGUCACGAACGGUAAUGAAGCUCCUACCGGAGCGCAAAGCACGUAGCACAACCGGAUCACAAGGGUUAGAUACAUUUUCAUAAGGAAACCUCAAUUCUUGAAAGGCAGCAAAGAGGGUUCAGGUUUUGGGUAAGUUUUGCAGUGACUUGAAUUAAAACCGCAUUUUGAUGUAUAUAAAGAUUAUGAGAAGAAAUGUUGCUAAAGGUGGACCCUUGGACCUUCAGAAAGUUUGCGCAAAAUGUUCUUUGUAGUGGUUCCACAGACUGUAAAAUGGGAAAAAUAUGAACCUUAAAAUGGUUCCUCUUUCUGAUCACCUUUAUUUUCAUUUUGAAGCUACAAGCAAUUUUUAAAGCCUAAAGUGAUGGAGAAAGAAAUGAAGAAUGUACGAUUAUAAAUAUACUGCUGCCUUGCAAGGACUGCAGUCAUUUUAAGGUCCAGACAAACAUGCACAACAGAAUGUAACAGAACAAUGAUUUAUGUCAAAGACCUUUGAUAGAAAGCACAAUGGUCAGCCAUCAUAAAGCCGAACUAACUCGACAUGCUGCAAUAUAAACCGCCAUCAGCUACUUUACAAAACUUGAAAUAAAUGUCUGUAUAAUCUUCACUAGAACACUAUGAAUGGAAUAUGUGUAAACUAUUAUUAUCCAAGGAUGCGAUAUGCCUUACGAUGUUACAAAAGUUCAUUAUAUACCGUGAACACAUUUAGACUCGUUUAUUUGUAAAAUGUUAGUGUUUUGUAGGACUGAUGUAUAUGUGGUCACUUACAUGUUACAUCACCUCACGUUCACAGAGUAUACCAUGCUACCAAGAGAACACACAGACGUUUGAAUGCAUAACAUUUGAAGUGAAAUAUCUAUUUUACAAUAUCUGACAUUAGUAGAAAUGUGCUUCAUAAUAACAAAAAUGUGAACAUUUACUGUGAUGGUGCAAUAUGUCUAUAUUCCAGUAGAAAAUAUAUAUUUCCAUAGCAAUGUUCGGUUUCAAUCACACAACAGAUGCUUUAAGGAAUAUUCUCAACACCCCUUUUAAACACAAUAUUUAAGCAGGACACUAUGGUCACAUUUGACAUUCACGUGUACUUGAUCUCCAUACAGCUGACUGCAUUAUGGCCUUUGUUCCUGCUGAGGUAGUAACUAUUAUAAAGUACACUGCUCAAAAAUACAAGACUGUAAUCAAACUUAGCAGAAACCUAAGAACAGCAGAUGUAUUAAACAUCUUAGAUGUAGUACAGAUUAAAGUGCAAUAGCCUACUAUUUGUGAGAGAGAAAAAACUCAUUCACUUCACAAUCAGGAAGUGAAUGUUUGGGGUCACUUUACAAUAAAUGUUAUGAUUUCUCGUUUCUGUGCAAAUAUUCAAGAAAAACCUCUUAUGAUUUUUAGCCAGCAGGUUAAAAUCUUGAAGUUAAAGGAAUAGUUCACCUUCAAAAUGAAAAUUCUGUCAUUAUUUACACACCCAACCUGUAUGACUUUCUUUCUUCUGCAGAACACAAAAGACGAUAUUUUGAAAAAUGUUGCUAACAGAAAACCAUUGGUCCCUAUUGACUUGCACUGGUUUUGUGUACAUACAAUAGAAGUCAAUGGGAACCAAAUAUCUUCUUUUGUGUUUUGCAGGAGAAAGAAAAUCACACAGGUUUAAAAUGACAACAGGGUGUGUAAAUGAUGAUAGAUUUUUUAUUUUGAAGGUGAACUGUUCCUUUAAAAGAUAAACAAAGCAACACUUGCGUUUGUUCCUGUUAAGGUGAAAGCAGUUUGUACGGUUAACGUGAGCACAUGGUGACAAAUGCAGAGAAUAUUGUACUUGUGAAAAAAAUCUUUCCUCUAGAAUUAUAAAUAUAACAUUAACCGUUGGUAUUUAUUUUCCAGUAAAAAAUAGAUGACAUUCCAGUUUAUUAAGAUUCUUUAAAAAAAUGUUUACUAAACAUUGAGGGGCAGUUUCCCGGACAGGGAUUAUUUUAAACCAGGACUAGGCUUUAGUUAAAUUAGGAUAUUUAAGUCAUUUUUAAAAACAUAAUUUACAAAAAAAAAAACAUUACUGGUGUACAUCUUGAGACAAAACAAUCACACUGAUAUAUUUUAAGAUAUGUUAUUGCAUGUUGUUUUCGAUCAAGAAACUUCCAUUUAAAUUAAUCUGGGACUAGUUUUAAACCCUGUCCGGGAAAUUGCCCCAGAAAGUCUACACAUUGUUUAAACUUUACUAUAUAUUGUCCUUCUCAAAUAACCUAUUUGGUGGUGUGUAACGUGUGAUGACAUGGGUUUAAAUAAAUAUAAAAUGUUCCAUGUUCUGCCUGAUGCAACUUUAAGUGCUGAAAUGGAUUAGUUGGAUGUUUUGAUAUUCCAUAAUUUUUUAUUGCAUCACAAAAUUGUACUAUAUAUGUGACCCUGGAUCACAAAACCAGUCUUAAGUAGCAUGGGAACAUUUUUAGUAAAAGACAAAAAUACAUUGUGUGGGUCAAAAUUAUCGAUUUUUCUGUUAUGCCAAAAAUCAUUACGAUAUUAAUUAAAGAUCGUGUUCCAUGAAGAUUUUUGUAAAUUUCCUACCUUAAAUAUAUAAAAACUUUAUUUUGUGAGUGGAUGGUCUGCCACAGUGCCCCUGAUUAACAACUUCAAAGGCAAUUUUCUCAAUAUUUUGAUUUUUUUGCGCUCUCAGAUUCCAGAGUUUUAAACGGUUGUAUCUCAGCCAGAUGUUGUCCUAUUCUAACAACUCAUAUAUCUACAGAAAGUUUAUUUAUUCAGCUUUCAGAUUAUGUAAAAAUCUCAAUUUCAAAAAAUUGACCCAUAAGACUGGUUUUGUUGUCCAGGGUCACAUAUAGCUGUCAUUUAUUAGCUGUAAGAUGUUGGUUAUAGUCUAAUGUGAUAGGGUGAGAAGGAAAAGUGUGUCAUGUGUUUGUGUAAAAUAUUGUCUUGUAAGCACAGAAGAAUUUGUAUUGAGGACACUAAACGGUAAUCCACCAGUUACACCACGUCAGCUGUAUACACAGUGUUGGUCUUAUUACAGUGUUACAGUGGUCAUGCACAAGCCCAUUAACUAAAUAUUAAACCACUGUAUUAACAAAACAACCCUAAAUGUAAAGCUUUACCUUGGACCUGAAUAGAAGAGAGAAAGUCACAUUGGCUGUGUUCGGAAUGGAACACCACUGUAUUGUUUACCACAUACUGAAGAAAAUAAAGUAUACUGUUAAAAAGUAGGCUAGUGUGUGAAAAGUAUGCAAAAUACAAAAUAUUUAAACAAAUGGUUUGGCACAGUGUCACACAUUGCAUGCUCAAUUCUGCAAGCAGCAUUCAGUUAUUUCGACACAAUUUCAUUGCAAUGCGUAACUAUUUUAUGAGGCGGCUAUUUUGUUUUACUACAAUCUGCCCCACCAUUAAAGCCUUUUAGGGGUUAAGGGUUUUAAGGGGCUUCAUUAUUGUUUUUUAAAUUAAUCUUACAAAUAUAUCCAUUAAUAAAUCAUUUUUAGUGCGCUUUUUGCAUUUCAAUCCAGUUUAAAUGUGUUACCUUUGGGCAAUGUGGAUAAAUAAUGAAAUAAAUUACUUGUUCAUUUGUCACCUUGGACAUAGAAGGUUAAGCCCAUUGCAUUGUGGGAUAUGGGGCAUCAUAUAGUGUCAUCUGUUUGUUACAGCAAAUAUUUAAGUAGAUCCUAUUAUCUACUAAAAGAAAAUUCACAUACUAUCCACAGUAAACAUUUUCUACACUAAAGAAUAAGUAGCAGUAUGGUGGUGUGCUGUUCCGCAGAGCACUGAAUUUCAAAUGAGCACAAUAAAGGGGUUUGUAGUUGUUUUCGAUAAUGAAUAACAGAUGCUCGGCUGUUACUAAAUCUGCAUCGGUGUAAAAUCUGUGAAGGUUAAUCACGGAGAGAGCGGCACAAUGAACCGCUGCACUCCAAUACUGCAGAGAGUUGUGUGCACAACAUUUUGUAAGGGCCAUGCAGACUGUUAUCCCAUUUUUACUCUUUCGCCGCUGCACUGGGGUAAAUCCCUCUGCUUUUACAAUGUAGGAGGAGUGAACUGCAUGUGUACUAUGUGAGCUGUGCAUUUGAAUUCUGUAACCUCCUGUAUGUCCAAGGCAAAUGUUCACCUUUUGAUACAGUUUCCAUGCGUGAGAUAA